AUGAGACCAUUAGAAAAAAUAUUUUAUAAAUAUGGAAUAUUUAUUUCAAAAUAUCCUGUAUGGUUUUUAUUAAUUCCAUCAAUUAUAACACUUGUAACAGCAUUUGGUUUUUUGAAAUUUCAUACACAAGAUGAUAUUUGGGAUAUUUAUGCUCCAAUAAAUGCAUUAAGUAGAAUUGAAGAAAAAAGCUUAAAACAAUUUGAAUAUCCUUCUGGUAGUCAUCAUUAUAGAAUACAAGUUCUUAUACAACAUAAAAAUGAAAAUGAAUAUAUUUUUAAUAAACGUUUUUUAAAUGAAAUUCAAAAUUUAAAUAAAAUUAUAACAGAAAAUAUGACUAUAUCUGAUGGAUAUAAAAAUUAUUUUUAUCCACAAUUAUGUGGUGUAUAUUGUGAAGAUUCUAAUGAUUUAUUUUUAACAUAUUUACAAACAAUUCUUCAAACAGAUGGUAAAACAUUAAAUUUUAAACUAUCAUAUCCUAUUGGUCAAGCAUUACAAAAACAAAUAUUUUUAGGAUAUUCAUUAGGUUUUGUUAAUUAUUCAAGUAUUCAUACAAAUGAUAUUAAUAAUUUUAAAUUAUUAAUACUUCAUUAUAUGAUUGAUCAAAAUUUACCUAAUGGUAAAAUUUUAUCUAUUGAAUUAGAAAACAAGUUACAUGGUAUAUUUUCUUUAGCAACUGGAGUUUCUAAAUAUUUAAAAUAUAAUGUUCAUAGUAAAAGAAGAGAAUUAGAGGAACAAAGAAAAAUUACACUUAAAUCAUUACCAUAUCUUGCUAUUACUGGCGGAUUAUUAUUAUUAUUUAUGAUUGUAACAUUAGUUGAUAUACCAGUAUAUAAUAGUCAACAUGUUGAAGCAUUUUUUGGUAUAAUUUCACCCCUUAUGGCUAUUAUAACAGCAUUUGGUAUAUUAUGUCAAUUAGGUUUUCCAUUUUCAAAUAUUCUUACUGUUGUUCCAUUUCUUGUUUUAACAAUAGGAAUUGAUGAUGCAUUUCUUAUAUUAGCUGGUUGGAGACAAGGCUCACCAACAUUAUCUUUUACUGAACGUAUGGGUGAGGCAUUAUCAAAAUCAGGAGCAUCAGUUACUGUAACAUCAAUAACAGAUGUAUUAUGUUUUGCUGUUGGUUUAUUUUCUAAUAUACCAGUAGUUCAAUUAUUUUGUUUAUAUACAUCCAUUGCAUUAGCAAUAGAUUUUAUAUAUCAAUUAACAUUUUUUACAGCAAUUGUUGUUUAUUGUGGAAAGAAACAAUUUAAAUAUAAAAAUGAUGAAAGAUCAAAAAGUAUUAAAAGUAAUAAUAGUAGUACAUCAUCAUCAUCAUCAUCUUCAACAUCAGAUGGUCAAACAUCUAUAUAUAAAGGAAGUUUUUUAGAAUUAUUAAAAAUAAAACCAAAAAAAAAUGAAAGUAAAUUAAAUAUAUUUAUGAAAAAAUUUGUUGUCUUUCUUCAUUGGCCUUGUACAAAAUAUUCUAUAAUGAUAAUAUUUUUAUUUCAUCUUGCAUUAACAACAUAUCUUUGUACACAAGUUACAACUGAAUUUGAUAUGGAAAAUUUAUACUUAAAAGAAUCACCAUUAACACAUAUAUCAAGGACAAUGCAAAAAUUUAUAUUAAAUGAAUCAUUUGUCGUUAAUUUUGGUAUUGAUAAAACACCUGAUUUUUAUAUACCAGAAAUAAAAUCAUUAUUUGAUGAAAUGAUACAUAAUUUAGAAACAUUACCUAAAUUUUCUAUGGGAAAUAUAGGAACACUUAUAUGGACAAGAGAUUAUGAUUUAUUAGCAGAAAUAUUAGAAGAAGAAGAUAAUUUAUGGUCACCAACAAAUAUAAUGAAAAAUUUUAAUGAUUUUAAAUUAGAUAAAAAAUAUAUAAAAACAAAUAUUAAUGAAAAAGGUGAAGAAUAUAUUUAUAAUUUUUGGUGGCAAAUAUCAUAUCAUAAUAUGGAAAAUUUUAUGGAAGUUGAAGAAUUAUUAAAAUAUAGACGUGAAAUAUUAAAUAAAUAUUCUAAUAUAUUUAAUGUUACAUCACAUCAUCCAUUAGAAAAAGUACCUACUGAAUCAGCUGCCAGUGCACCAAUUAAUUUUAUUCAAACUGCCGUUUCAGCUGUAAUAUUAAUGUCAUUAUUAGUAUUAUUAUUUGUUUAUGAUAUUGGUGCAAUUAUAUCUGUUGUUUUAUCAAUUAUUUCAAUAAGUGGUGGUACUGUUGCAUAUUUACAUCUUUGGAAUGUCCAUUUAGAUGCUGUUUCUUUAAUAAGUAUAUUACUUAGUAUUGGUUUUAGUGUUGAUUAUAGUGCUCAUAUUUGUUAUCAUUAUUUUACUCAUAAUGAUGAAAAUUCUUUUGAAAAAAAUAUGAAAGAUAAUAAAACACAAAUAAAUGGUAUAUGUAAAAAUGUUGAAAAAAAAUAUAAAUUAACAGAGAAAUAUUUUAUUCAUAAUAAAAAAAAUAAUUUACAUAAUAAAACAUCCACUUAUAAAAAAAUUGAAGAUACUUUUACAAGUGUUGGUUGGCCUGUAAUUCAAUCAGGAUUAAGUACAGUUCUUGGAAUGAUACCAUUAGUCUUUGUUGGUGCAUAUGUUGUUGAUGUUUUUUGGAAAACUAUUGUCUUGGUGACGGCUUUAGGCCUAUUUCAUGCCUUAUUUUUAUUGCCUGUUUUAUUUUUAAUUGUUGAAGAUAUAUUAAAAUGUAGAAGAUCAAAUAAAGUUAAUAUUCUUCAAUUAAAUGGAAAUAAACAUUAA